AUGAAGGCUCAAACAGCAUUGGCCGGCCUGGUGUCGGUCGCCGCCCUCCUCCCUGAAGCUUCGGCCGCCGAUGUUGUUGUUAUCCGUAACCCCUCUCUCAAAGAGGCCGCUGCAGAGGCUCUUGCUGCCCCGCUCAUCGCUCUCGACAGGCGUGCAGCACCUGAAGCUCCCGAUGGCUAUAUCCCUACACACGUCGACUGCCCUUCAGAUCGCCCUGUCAUCCGCGAUGCAUCUACGAUCUCCAACAACGAGACUGAAUGGCUCUACGUACGAAGAAACAACACCGUUUCCGCUAUGAGAGACUUGCUUGGUCGCAUGAACAUUACUGGAUUUGACACAAACUCAUACAUUGAUAGCGCGGCAAACAAUGUUAGCGCUCUUCCCAAUAUUGCUAUUGCUGGAUCAGGCGGUGGUUACCGCGCCAUGAUGAACUACGCUGGUGCUGUGGCCGCCUUCGACAACCGCACUACCAACUCUACUGGAGCAGGUCAACUCGGUGGUCUCCUCCAGGCCUCCACUUAUCUCGCUGGUCUUUCAGGUGGUUCGUGGUUGGUUGGAAGUUUGUUCAUGAACAACUUUACCUCUGUCGAGAGCAUCUUGAGCCAGGACACUCCCGCCAGCAACAGCGGAGGCACAUGGCAGUUUGAACAAACCAUCUUCGAGGGUCCUGAAGAAAGUGGCCUCUCGAUUCUGAACACGGCUGAAUAUCUCCAUGACAUCUACGACACUGUUCAAGGCAAGAAAGAUGCUGGUUAUGAAACAUCCAUUACCGACUACUGGGGCCGUGCUCUUUCUUACCAGUUGAUCAACGCUAGCAUGGGAGGUCCUGCUUACACCUUCUCAUCCAUUGCCGAUUCUGAUCAAUACAGAGCUGGCGAUACUCCUAUGCCCAUCCUCGUCACUGAUGGUCGUGCCAGAGGCCAGCUUGUUGUCGGUGGUAAUGCUACUAUCUACGAAAUCAACCCUUGGGAGCUUGGUACCUUCGAUCCGACCACUUUUGCAUUCGCCCCCAUUCGCUAUCUCGGAUCAAACUUCUCCGAUGGUGUGGUCGUACAAGGAGACAUGCAGUGUGUACGUGGGUUUGAUAACGCUGGUUACAUGAUGGGCACAUCCAGCUCUCUUUUCAACGAGGCUUUCCUCAAAGUCAACGGUUCCACUGGUCUGAUCAACCAGGCACUUACUGCUAUCUUGGCCGACAUUGGUCAGGACAACGAAGACAUUGCUAACUACCCCAACCCCUUCUUUGGCUACAACAACGCGACCAGCCGUAUCGCCGACACCGACCAGCUCACUCUUGUUGAUGGUGGUGAAGAUGGACAGAACAUCCCUCUCCACCCUCUCAUUCAACCUGAGAGACACGUCGAUGUUAUCUUCGCAAUCGAUUCGUCUGCCGAUACUACCGCUGACAAUGGCGCCGCCAACUGGCCUAACGGUACUUCUCUCGUCGCUACCUACGAACGUACCUUCUUGCCCAUCUCCAACGGCACUUCCUUCCCCUCCAUCCCUGACCAGCAGACCUUUGUCAACCUUGGUCUGAACUACCGCCCAACCUUCUUUGGCUGCAACGCUAGCAACACCACCCAUAUGACUCCUCUGAUCGUCUACCUUCCCAAUGCUCCUUACGUCUACGCAAGUAACGUCAGCACCUUCGACCUGCAGUACAACGACACCCAGCGUGACUACAUCAUCGAGAACGGCUACGAUGCUGUCACUCAGGGCAACAGCACCCUCGACGCUCAAUGGCCCACUUGUGUCGGCUGCGCCAUCCUCAGCCGCUCGCUCGAUCGCACCAACACCGAGGUCCCUGAAGUCUGCAACCAGUGCUUCCAGCGCUACUGCUGGGACGGCACUGUCGACUCGACCGUCAACACCACCUACGAGCCUGCAUUCAAGCUCUCCAAGGAUGAGGUGCUCACCUUCAAGAACAGUGGCUCCAAGGGCGCUGUGCCUUCAUUGGCAUUUGCAAUGUCCGCUGUCGCUGCUAUCAUGAUGGUCAUGUAG